ACUUGUCACUAUCCUCUACUGCCCUUUAUAGAAUUACUAAUAUCCUAACAUCUAUUGGAAUCUUUUCAUGAGAACUAUAGAGUAAGUUAAAGUCAAUAAUGAGACAGAGAUGUGAAUUUAAACAGCCAUGCCCUUGCCAAAAGCAUGCUAGGAAAAUUCCAUGUUCUGAUUCCUCUCCUCUAGGACUGUCAAUGGCAGGAUACCAGCUCUGGUCACCAUGGACCCCACCGGAUGAGGGCUUCCAAUGGCUGCAGCAUACAACACCUACACCUUCCAAGCACCCCUUUAGGGCUUCCCCCUGUUUCCCCCACACCCCUUCUAAUCUUGAAGUGCAGCUGUGCUUUCAAGAGGUCUCUCUAGUUCUAGACAGUCCAUUCCUGGAGCCUGGGGUGAGUCCCAAGUUGCUCUGCCACACGUCAGAGCUCCGAACCAUGAACAACAAGAAAGGGCUGGUCAGGAAGCUUCAGCCUGUCUGCCUCAAUGGAGUGGAUUCUGUCUUUGGCAGGGUCAUCACGGCUCAGCCGCCAAAGUGGACUGGGACCUUCAGAGUUUCAGACAAGUCAGCCGUUUGCAAAAUCAUCAGCCGGGAGCACCAGGGGCCCACUGGACUUAAGGAACCUCAGAUUCAGAUGACAGUGACCAUGUGCAAAUAGAUGCUGUGCUCCAUCCUCUUGCUGUAUGCGACAUACAAUAAGUGCACCUUUGCCUUGCAACACUCCAAGUAA